AUGUAUGGUGUCGGAUUUACCAUUUUCUAUUACCCGAUCAUCGGCAUGGUGAAUGAAUUCUGGAUUGCGCGGCGAGGAAUGGCAUAUGGCAUCCUGUGCAGCUCGUCCGGAGUCUCUGGGACGGUCAUGCCCGUUACACUCGAAGCAUUACUCCACAGGUAUGGGCUACCAACAACACUAAGGGCAGUUGCAGUCGGUCUUGCACUAUCGACAGGCCCCUUGAUACCAUUUCUAAGGGGACAAACUCGAGAACCGGAGCAAGCCCAAGUUGCCGUGAGCCAGACCGAUUGGGGCUUCCUCCGGGUGCCGCUUUUUUGGAUCUAUACAACCUCCAAUCUGAUGCAGGGACUGGGAUAUUUCUUCCCGUCGUUAUAUCUGCCCUCGUAUGCGUCUACCAUGGGCUUAGGUUCGACAAGAGGGGCGCUGUUGUUGGCCGUGAUGAGCGUUUCCCAAGUCCUUGGCCAGCUCAGCUUUGGGUAUCUGUCUGACCGCCGAUUCUCCGUCAACGUUCUAACCCUGACAUCGACCCUGGCGUCUGCCACCGCAGUGUUGACGCUGUGGGGAUUGGCGCAAAGCUUCGCUGUCUUGGGUGUGUUUGCCAUCGUCUACGGAUUCUUCGGGGCUGGCUACACGGCUAUGUGGGCGCGGAUGGGCACAGCUGUUGCCAGCGACAGCACGGCGGCCUUUGCUGCGUUUGGCCUUUUCAACUUCGGCAAGGGUCUCGGAAAUAUCUUGGCUGGUCCGAUAAGCGCCGGUCUGUUGCUGGACCAUGUCGAUACUAUCAAGUAUGGAGCGUUCAGGUAUGAAGCGGUGGUCAUUUUUACAGGUUCUUGUAUGCUUGCUAGCGCAGCAAGUGCCACAGCAGCGUAUUUCAAACCUUGGAAAGCAGUCUCUGCGCGAGUCUGA